AUGGGUUCCGGCGAUUUGAGCUCCGAGAUGGAGAGGAAGGUUCUUGGCCUGACGCUGUGGGUCUGGAUUGCCAUCGGCGUGGUCGCCCUUCUCGUGGCAAUCCUGCUGAUGAUCUGCAUUUGGGUGGCGUCCCGCCAGAGGACCAAGAGAACCAUGGACACCCUGAGGCAGACGCAGAUCCCCAUCUACUCCAAGGAGAUCCCUGUCGACCGGGUCGGUGGGCGCAGCCUUGCGCAGACAAUGCAUGAGCGCGAGCAGCCGAGCUUGCCGCCGCCGGACAAGUACGCGAACCGGGAGCCGGCCGGGGCGACGCUGGGGCACCUGGCACUCAGCAAGUCCUCGGAUCAUGAUAACAUGAGCCAGGGGAGCUCGGUUUGCAAUGUAGACCGUGCUGGCAGCGUGCACUCCGGUGAGGAUGGGAGCUCAGGACCUCGGAGGAAACCAAAUUCUCCUGCGGCGUUCGUGUCAGCGUCGCCAUUGGUUGGCCUUCCAGAGUUUUCUCAUCUUGGCUGGGGUCACUGGUUUACUCAGCGUGACCUUGAGCUUGCUACCAACCGUUUCUCUAAGGAGAAUAUGCUUGGAGAGGGUGGCUAUGGAGUUGUGUACCGUGGACGUCUAGUGAAUGGAACUGAAGUCGCAAUCAAAAAGAUCUUUAACAACAUGGGGCAGGCAGAAAAAGAAUUCAGAGUGGAAGUUGAGGCUAUUGGCCAUGUCCGACAUAAGAAUUUGGUUCGACUGUUGGGAUAUUGUGUUGAGGGGGUAAACAGGAUGUUAGUAUAUGAGUUCGUGAACAAUGGUAAUUUAGAGCAGUGGCUUCAUGGAGCUAUGCAUCAGCGUGGUGUUUUUGGCUGGGAAAAUCGCAUGAAGGUUGUAACAGGCACUGCAAAAGCGCUUGCUUACCUUCAUGAAGCUAUAGAACCAAAAGUUGUACAUCGUGAUAUAAAAUCAAGCAACAUAUUGAUUGAUGAUGAAUUUAAUGGCAAGGUAUCUGACUUUGGAUUGGCUAAACUUUUGGGAUCAGACAAAAGCCACAUUACUACUAGAGUGAUGGGAACAUUUGGAUAUGUUGCACCUGAAUAUGCUAAUACUGGAAUGUUAAAUGAAAAGAGCGACGUUUAUAGUUUUGGUGUUCUCUUGUUGGAAACUGUGACAGGAAGGAAUCCUGUUGACUACAGCCGAUCUUCCAAUGAGGUGAAUCUUGUUGAAUGGCUCAAAACAAUGGUGGCUAAUCGGAGGGCAGAGGAAGUGGCUGAUCCAAGCUUAGAGGUUAGACCCAGUAUUAGGGCUCUCAAGCGGGCUCUUUUGGUGGCACUGAGGUGUGUUGAUCCUGACUCUGAAAAGAGACCUAAGAUGGGCCAGGUUGUUAGGAUGCUUGAGUCAGAAGAAGUUCCAUAUCGGGAGGAUCGGAGAAAUCGGAGAAGCCGCACUGGAAGUAUGGAUAUUGAGUCCAUUGCAGAGGGUUCAAACUCCGCGGAGUUUGGAAAGAAGGUAGAAAGGACUGGAAGCUCAACAUCUGACCGGUCUCAACCAUGA